GUGUGAAUCUACUUGAAGCCGGCGCCUUCUUCAUCACCACUUUCCUUCCCCAUAAUUUUUUGAGGGAGGAGAAAAUCUCCAUUUUGGAGCUCUCUUGGUGUGCGCGAAACAAAGGGAGUGCAUUUUCAGCGACUGCCACAUUAGCAUCGGCGCAACGUACAUGCGCUUUACGUUCAAGAAACCAGAUGCGGCCGUCAUCGGGUUUUUGGCCUCGAUCCGUCUUACUUUACCUCCGUACGCCUUCACCUCUUUUCAGAUUACUCUUAUUUCGAAUCAACGAAGUGGGGAAAGGCUGGAACCUUACCCGCGCGUAUCGCUCGUGGAAAAAGGCUCGGGUGAGCCGGUCGCUCGGGACUGGUUCAAAAGUGGGGGAAAGGCGCCUUUUUGGCCAGUUCCGGGGGCCCUUCGUAAGAGUUGGUCUCCUGUGCGGUAGAGGUGGAAAGUUUCCGCUCUGCCGAAGUUGAACGUCUUGUGCUUUCUUUUGGGUUUUCAAGAUCCGUCCACCUCGACGUGCAGGCAUUCCUGUUAACGCACGACGCGCGUCGUCGUCAUUUUUGUCGCAGGGAAAAGAGACUUGCACUGUUACGUCGACGGCCCCUUUGUCAAACACUUGACACGAAACAGGCCCCAUCCCUAGGCGUUUCUCCCGGUCAUUCGAUGGGUGCAAGCUGCAGUGACGCUGAGUGAAAAACCCCUUCAUUUGAGAUUACAGUUGUGCGUACGAAUGCAGAUCCAAGCAUACAUAUAUCCAGACAGGUGACUAAACCUCGCAGCCUUCCGUAUUCUAGCGGUUGCAAAGGUGAUCGUUCUCUCGUUUUUUCGUCGGAAACGGCGGGUUAAGCGAUCGGGGAGCAAACGCGUUGCUGCUUUCAAACCUGGAAGGGGCAUUUCCUAGGUUUUCGCGUCGGCGCACAUUCCAGAUUUUCCUCCGUUGAGUGUACUGGAGUCGUCUCGUAAGAAAGAUUCGCACUCCGGGAAAUUCUACGGAAUUUCCCCAAAUGGGGUCAUCAUGCCGCGCGCACCGGCCGAUACCCUAACCACAGGAAUUUCUGUCCUCGUUCGCUUAGCGUUUCUCUAUGUGCGUGACAGUAAGAGAGUCGGCUCAUCCUGUGCCCCAGUUGUUUCUAAAGGUGAAAAGCUUUUCUCCAGUGUCUCGUGGGGCACCGACUGUAGCCUUGGCAUGGCUUCAGGUGCACGGGGAGGCGAAAUACCGUGAGGCAAAUACAGGGUGGCCGAAGUGAGACGGCUCUGCGGUUGUGAAGGCGUAAACGCCAUGGAGGGAAGGCAGUGCCUCGAGGGGGGUUCGCCCAGUGCACGCUCCCAGGAACGAGGGAGCGGUGCCGCCGACUACGCCGAACUGUCGGUUCAAAUUUUGAAGCACCUUUUCGAAGUUUCUUCAGUGGCCCAAGAACCAAGCGGUGAGAACCGUGACGACGCUGCGAACGCCGCAGGGGGUGUGCCGUCUUUUCUCCACCAGAUGGCGUAUGGCUCUAGUGUGGCGGUCGAAGACACACAGGAGAGCGCUCAGGGCCUCGCUGCUUUGGCGGACGUCCUUCACGCUGUCGCCUGUCUUAGCGGUGAAAAUAUCCUCAACGGUUGCUCAGGCAGGGGGGAAACGCAGACGAGUCGCGUCCUUCUCUCCCUUCUUGGGGGUCCAGAAACUCUAGGACAAAGCAGCGGCCUGUCUCAGUGCCCCAUGUCUCUGCAAACGGUCGACUCAAGCGCCGAGGACCAGGAGUCAGCGAUGGUGGGUAUGACACAGAUCUCUGGGUGUGUAUGUGGAUCUGAGAGUGUAAAUACGGCGGAGAAUCGGCGUUCUCCCAGCGCCGUAGAGUCGCAUGAAAUUGCCCACAUGUAUGGGGGAAAGUGGGAGAGCGAGGCAGCCGGAGGUGUGUGUGUCGCGGGGCGGACUCGCAACCUCGCGGCGGAGUUUGUGUCUACCUCUGGCGUCUCUAGCGGUUCGGCUGAAACGCUUGACAAGCAUGCAGGGCCGAAAAGCCAAGCUGACAACGAGGACGCGAAAGGGUGUUCGUUGGAUCUGCGCACCGGUAAAGUUCCUGGAAUCGAGGGCGAAGGCCCGAAGCCUCUGCAUCUGCCGCGGUCGAUUGUGGCGGUUGCGCGCCAUUCGGACGAGAGCCGGACGCCCGACGCGUGCCGUUCUCCGGUAGGUACACCUCAAACCCUUUCUUCGCUCCCCACCUCGACGUCUCUCGGGGGUUCCCCCCCUGUAGAUUCGACAACAGCGAUCAAAGGGGCAAACGCUUCUUCUCCGAACUCGUCUAGUUCGCAGGCAACUUUCGUAGCUUCGUCGCCGCUUUCUCGGGGCCAGAGGGGGGCGUCGCCGUGGUAUUUUUAUCCAAGGCGAGAGGUCCCGAAGGUCGUCCCAGACGUGGGUCUUUUCUCGAGUGUGCGGCGGCUGCAGCGCAGAAGCCUGAUGAAGCUCACGGGUUCGGACGAGGGAGCGUAUGGGGAGAACUGCUGCGCUUCGUUGUUAGUGCUCUUUCGCCUUCUCCAAGAGCGCUACGGUCUUUCUCCCAUGUCGGUGUUCCUCGACAUCGGAAGUGGCAGUGGCAUUCCGUCCUUCCUCGCUGCCACGACGGUGGGAUGUGUGACUUCGCUGGGUGUCGAGAUGGACACCAACGUGUACGCUAUCGCGUGCAACAACCACCUGAAGCUGCUGGAUCAGCGCCUGGUUGCCUCUCUGUCAACUCAAGACUUUCUACGCCGCACGCGCGAAGCCCCUAAAAACGAACAGAAGGACCCGCCGGCGCCUGUGGGUUCUUCGCGAAAUCAAGGAGUCAGGAACGGGGGCGACGGCGGGAGUUUCCUAGCGCCUUUAAACGGGGUGGUCGCUCCGUGGCUGCAGAACUGCCUCCGCGAUCACACCACCGUGACCGAAGAAGACCUCACUUUCUCCGUGGCUAAUGUGAGCACGGGUCUCGAUCUCGAGGCGAAUUCAGGCGAGGUUGUGGAGAAGGUGCCCAGCGAACGGCGAGGCGUGGAAAAAGAGCUGGGAUCAUUGUCGCACGGCUCCUCCUCGAAAGGUUCAAAAGGGGACAGAGUGUCGGGGUCGCUGUUUGCGCUCACGUCCACGGGACUGGCGUAUCCGUGCAACGUCGCGUUCAAGUGUGCAGAUGCGUCGCGGUUUGCCUCCUUCGAUGGAGUGUCUCACAUUUUCUCUUUCGAUUUAGCCAUGCCCCCAAGGGUGCUAGUCCGUCUCUGCUCUCUUUUCAACCGUUCCCUGUCGCCGGUCGUCUACGUCUCCUUCCACGCGAACCUCGUCUCAGCAUACGGCCUCGAAGCUCGUCUCGUUCAGCGCCUACGCAUGCGCAUGGCGGGAAGUGCUGAGAGCCACAUGGCCUUCAUUUACGUCCGGAAAAACUGCCUUUCUCUGUCGCGGUUCAACGAUGAGGGCGGCGAAAGCGUAGGGCCAGCAACGUCGAGUAUGCCGAGUGGGAAAAACGGGUCUCUUUCGGAUUCGUCGCAGGCCUGUUUAGCCGAAUACGUCUGCGAUCUAGAGGUAACGAACAGUGUUCCUCGGCUGCCCAGUGUUUGUGAUGCUCUCCGAAGCGGAGGAGUCGAGAACGGGGCGACAGAGGAAGAGGCGGACGGACGAGACUUCUUCGGGGUCACAAAGUCAAAAAAAGAAAAGAUUUGGAUGAACGUUGAGAAGACGAGUUUGGCGAGAGCGCUCCUUUUGCGUGGAAUGGUUCACAGCCGUACCGAAAACUUCUUCAGCCACUGCAUCCUCGCCGGCGUCUUGCCCCGCGUUGUCUACACGCUCCUCCAUGCUGUCGCUCUCUUGUGUACGGAGAGUCCGCUGAAUUUCGAGGCGCCAGAAGACUGCGAGGCUCUCCCGGAACAGGGUUUCCAGGGGUCGACAGCGAGAGGAACUGCGCGAGGAGAAACAGUGGAGACAGGCAUAAUGAAAGAAACAGAUCCCUUCUUUCAGUCGAAGCUGUCUUUCUUGCCUGCUCUGCAUUGUUGCCGCAAGUGUUGUUCUGAGAUCUUUCUCUCAAACCUCUCGAAUCCAGAGGAGCCCGGCGCGUACCCCAGACGCAAAGUCGCGACGACGCCGUCGAUUGGCGGAUUCUCUCUUCCUGUGGCUCCUCUCUCCCAACAGCAGCUUCUUCUUCUGCGUCGCCUCGUGGCUGUUUUCGGGUUGGACCAGCUUCUGGAGACUGGCGCGCUCUCCUCCGAGGGUUUCGUGGACCUGCUGCUUCUGCGCCCCGCCUCGGCCUGCCGCUGUCAAAGCACGCCAUGCGCUUCUCGUCCGAGCUGCGCUACACGCGCGUCUGAGGACACGAGGCAGCGGUCGGGAGAGGCAGAGAGAGUUCCAGACGCUUCGCUGCGUUCUGCCUCAUCCUUUGUCUGCGCCCACGGCAUCAGGCGUCUCGCCCGGUUCUUGGGGAAAGUGAUUCUUCAGAUGCGGCUCGCGCGCGAAGGCCGGGGUGAGGAGGCGCAUGCACUGGGAUUGGAGGUCGUUGAAACCGACCCACUCAGGACCAUCACGCUUUUGGAAGUGCGAGUAUGCCGAAAGUGGGAAAGUCAAAGGAGAAAUGGCGUGGGCACGGACCCUGUUUCACUGGAUGCGUGGAGCGCGGAGUCUCAGCCUCGCAGCGGGGCUCGGCGAAGUGCCCGCCCGCGUCGGGAAGUGGUGGCGUUCUCGGGGACAGUUGGCGAAGGUGGACGUUCGGGUGCUGUCACGAAAAAGCCGAGUCGGAAGGUUUCUAGGAUCGAGGUUUUGACUAGGAAAACCCCAGGGACGAAGGCGGCUAAGGGCCGAGGAAACCUCGGCAUGGUCAAAGCGCAUCGCUCGAGGCCACACCCUCGGCGAAGCAGCGGGUUCGUGCUCAAGGGGAGCCAGCGGCGCGAACGCGGGGCGCCAGCCCAGAAACAGAAGAAGGUUGCCCGGUCGCGAAACGGGAGGGGAGAAGGGGGAGUUUGGGCGACCAAGAAGUCGCAGCAGUGUGGUGAAGAGCAGCUGAGAGGCGAAGAAAUACUUCAGGCUCCAGAACAGAAGGGGAAUGCGCCACUCUGUAAGCACUGGGUGCGCUUCUUCAUCCGCACCAGCAUUGACUUGUCUGUUCCGGACCACCCGGAAGCGAACAGCCUGAUGGACAGAGAGACGAAGGCAGGUGUGAUGGGAGAAAACGCAGACGGAGUCGUUGGUGUCGUGGAAAUUCCUUGCCUCUCUCCCCUCUGCCACACUUGUAGCUCUCGCACCUUCCUCCCGCAGUUGCUCGAGGCGAACGCGCCACCGGCAGUCCAGCAACUCAAAAUCCAGUCUGAAAUUCUACGGCUGCAAACCACCCCUCUCAUUCAGCUGGCGGACAAAGAAGGCCAGGCGGCGUGGGAAGCUAAGCUGAGCCGAGAGGCGGAAGCCUUUUUCCUUCUUGACGAACGUGAGGACGAAGCCGAAAGCGAUGAAGUUGAGGGACAAGGAAUGGCAUGCAAAGGCACUGCAUGCGCGAAGAGGCGAGAGCCUGUUGCGAACCGACUGAAAAGAGAGGACGGACGAGGUCCAGCGCGCGUGACGGGAUGUCUCGAUGAAACUGCGCUUCCGAACCUUUCAGACACGAGUGGCGCAUCUCAGGUUGUUGACUUAGAAGAAUGGAGGAUCAAUCAGAGCCGCCGAAGCCGCCGUCGGUGUGCCCAUGUCAUCCGAGCGACGAUUCGCGAGCGCCUCAACGCGGUGCUGUUUCCUGGAGACCUCUCUUCUCUCUCCGCACCACUUCUCUUUCAUGAAACGAACGAGGAACUCUCAAACGGAUCAUGGGUGAAGCAGGAAGCCGUCGUGGAAGAGGAUUUGCGUUACCAGAGACUGGAAGCAGAGCUCUGCCGGAGAAUUGAAGGGAAAGAACAACUCUGCGACCUCUCUUCGACCUCACUCUCCCCACCUCACGAGGGCAUCUGCUUUCCGGUGCGUUUCAUGGGCAGCCCGGUGCCACCCGACUCUCUCCACUUCGCUUGGGACUUCUCGAAAAGGGCGGAUCCCUCUGUCCCUCCGUCUUUCCUGUCCAAAGGAACUAUGAAGAGUCCUGGAAAGUUUUGCGAAGGGGACAUCGUGCCCCUUCUGUGGCCUGUACGGGUGGCGGAAAAGAACGCGGUGGGAGAGAAGCAGAAAAUCGCGUGCUGGAAUGCUCAGCUGCUCCGUGUACAGCGGAAGACGCGUAGGACGGGGAGUGAUCAGAGACCGCAAGGAGUACCUGUUUCAUCCCACCAAGAAGAACGCCUCGAGAAGGGGAAAGGUGAGAAACGCGUGCGGAGCGAAAAGGCGGGUGACUUUUGUGCCUGCUGCAAUGGCGACCAAGCGGUGCAAAGCCCAGAGGCAAACCGAAGUCUCCUCAAGGGUGCACAGCAACUCGUGGAAGAAGCUAACAUCGGCAUCGGAUGUUUCGAUGGGGGUCUGAGCGCUGUUGGAGGGUGGACAACUGAAGAGGAACUGGACUGGGAGAUUGCGCCGGGUCUGUGUUCGUCAGAGUGCCAUUGGGAAACUAGGUCGUUUCCUGUUGCAGCCUACGGAGACCCAGAAGUCUGCUAUCAGGAAGCGAGAGGCUGGCUUCUAGCCCAACUGACAACGCAGGAAACAGCCGUGCUGCGGCUGCUCCGUUGCCUGAAUCGGCCGUUGUUAAGGCUUUCUCGCCACGCCGCGGUGAACUGUUUCCAGCUCGACCCUUGUGUCUUGCAGGAGGAAGUGGAGGUGUUGCAUAGGACGGUUGCAGAAGAGGCUGAAGAGCUCCAGCGGCUCUGGAUCCACGCGCGGUUUCUGGAAUUUGCCCUUCUCCAGGAAGUUGUUUUGGUGGAGGAGCGCCUAGAGGCCCACACUGCUUCUCACGCUCCUUCAAAGCGCCGUUUGGAGGCCCGAAACGAAGCCCUGGAGGUGCACUUCAAAUGCUUUUUGAAGCGGCAGAUUCUGCGUCUCCAGCAGCUCCAGAUGCUGCGGGAACUCGGAGAUCGAGACACCUCUGAGGCCCGUGCGCGGGUGCUUCUUAGACAACUCAAAGACGAAACGCAGCCUCUCGAGCUUCUCCGUCUGCCAGCGAGCAGCGCCACGGGGAGCUUCCCCAUUCAAGAGGUGGAUGCGCCCUUCUUCUGUGCUAGAGAGGAGUCAGGAGCGAGGGAAGCAGGAGACGAGGAGGAGGCAGGGGGAGGCCUGCCUUCGCUCUGGCAAGCUUCUGCGGCCGGAGUUCGCGAGACGGUUCUGUCUCUUGUGGCUUCCCUCUUUCGCGGGAAACGGCCAACUCUGCGAGCGGAGGCCCUUGUAGAGAGCGCCUUGAGACUCUUUAAUCUACUCUGCAUGUGGACGAAAGGGUCCUCCCGAGAGAAGGUGGAGACUUGUACGGUGCGGAGGGGACGACAGGCGGACUGCUUUGCAUGGUUGCCUGAAGGCGUUGUGGAGUUCCUGACUUCGAAGGAACGAAGACAAACGCGAGAUGCCAGCGAGUUGGAAGUGCUCUGCAACUUCCUUCGAUGCAAGUUGGAGGAAUUCAGAACUCAACUGUGGAGAGAAACAGAGGAGGAACAGCGCGCCCUGCUGCAGUGGCUGCAAAAGAGAGAACGCAAGACGGAGGCUGCCUGGCAGUUGACAUCAUGGAAUCGAGACGAAACGUCCGGAGGUUGGACACCGGGAGAGAGAAACGCUGGGAGCGAAUCUCAGAAGGGAGUUGAGAUAAAGCUUGCCUCAGACAGUGAAUCGGAUGAAGCCUUAGGGAAAAUCGGCAGUGCUGGCAGGUGUUCGUCUCCAGAGAGUUCUUCGAAGGAAACUGGCGGUUACGAAAAGGUAGCAAGCGAGAACGGCUGCUUCCCGUUUUUAAAAGGAAAUUUCGCUUUCACCUUGUUCGCGACGGCAGGUGCCAAAGGUGUGCCCGAAGCGUUCGCUUGUCUCAAAUCUUUACCUGAGCAUAUGGAAGCGCUGAUGAGAGACCCUCUUUCCAGCUUCGGCCCCCCUCACAGUCAGUCCGGGGCUGUAGAAGGUGCACAAACGGUGGACAUAUGUCCACUGUGGCGCUCAUACUUUUUCCAUUUGGGUCUUAUCCACACAGCCAAAGAACUCCUUUUCAGAAGGUCCCUCCUCGAUGCUGGCGACAUGCUUGCGGCACCGCCUGAGAGACGCGGUUCUCUCGCUGAAGACACGGAAAUUUCAGUUGUGUCUAGACAUCCGUGUGGGGCGGACUUGCGAGUGGACGCCGAGGAAGGAGGGGAUGUGGCCGUGGCUUACCCUGGAAAAGGAGAGGAGAAAGAGAUAUUGCAUGCGUCAGAUAUAACAGCAACUGUCGAAGAAGCUGAUCGGUACAAGGCCAUUGACUCUGUUCACAAAAGACGGAGAGAGAGAAACGAGGAGGACCUUCUUGCGUCGCCAAGGGCGCCGAAGAAGCGAAGGAGCGCUGAACCCCCUGCAAAUUGAAGAGCAUACUACGCUGGCUCGGGAAGAAAGAUUGGAAUUGUGUCAACAUUAUCUGUCGUUUGUGUUCGGCGAAUCCUCUUAGGUGGAAGUGCAUACUUGCACAAGUCUUAUUACAUUUGCAUGUCACAGCAGCGAACUAUGGGUGGUGUACGUGGCUUGUGGGAACGUUUUCUUAAACAUGGGCUGCAUUCCUAUAUGCGUUUAUGUGUACCGUAUUGUAUGAGUUUCAGGAAUUUGCAGAACGAUUGGCUGGCAGGGAUUUUGGGUGGAUUCAUAGAGGUUAAUGUGCGUGUAUUGGAACGUUUACGUGGAAGGACGCAGUUUUACACGGGCGCAGGCCAUCCACAGUUUUCGCUUCCUGUAUGCGAUCCACGCCUUCCAGCUCGUCGGAAACGUGUAUAUAUGUUACCUGUUCCGAUGACCGUGACCUAGCAGCGUGAACACGGAGAGUCUUGGAGUGUUUUUAACGGUAUAAGUAGGCGAGGCAAAGUCAAUCACGCAUGGGGACGUGCAUCCGUAUAUACACACCUGUCUGGGUAUGCGGGUUUGUUUAAACGCUUGUGUAUGCGCGUCACUGCUGGGAUGACGACACCGUUUUUCCUAUUUGUGAAGCAAGGAGUACCCGGUAGAGUAGCGCGUCUGCAUGCGCGUGCAUGCUUACUGAGAUAACUAAACGGUGGUUUUAUUUUUGCCACAGGGGUACCGUGAGACUUGUGUGGUAAGCGGGGAGCGUGUGCCACCUGCGUGCUGUGUUUGGAGAUGGAUAAUGUUUUCCACCGUCGAGAAGUAGGGAGAAUGUUCCCGUCUGCGAAGUGCAGACGAAUGGUUCGCGACGUCGGCAUCUGUUUCACUAGAGAAACCGAAUGCUCAUAAGGGAAGACGACAAUUCGCCAUUGUCGUGUUUUUUACGAGUUCUCUGUGAAUGGCUCAAACGGUAAGAGACUUUCACGACGCAGCGGUUGUGGCGGCCAUGGGGGAAUACACUAUCAGUAUGCCUUUACGGUUUAAUGUGGGCGCCACCGGCCUUCGGAGGGGCGGUUGAACUGGAGGCGCCGUAUUAGUUGCUCACUGUCUUCGAUGUUCUGCUUCCGGAUGCGGCAAAUGUAUUUGUCGCCCCUUUUUUCUUAAUGUGCUGCAAGAGUUCAUUAUGUAUUUUUCGGUUCCUGACGGGUCUUUACAGCGUGGCCAAUACGGUGAGAGUGGGGGGGCAGUCACCGGUUAUCCUGUGUGGACCCGGGGUAACAUGAGGGAGCUUGUUUUUAUGCUUCAGACACCGAAAGCGGUGUUUGUGCACUUGAAUGCUUUCACUCUUGUCAAAUGUUGCUGUGGUGCAUUGCGACUCGCGUUUUCGGUUAAGGGAACUCAUAUAGAUAGAAUUACUUGGUCAGCGCGCGAUUCGGGACGCCAUGAAUGAAGAUGUCCGCCUGCGACGGGCCCCCAAAAAAGGUCGUAGUGCGGAACAGACCAAAGAGACUUACGAGGAAGAGGGAACCCGACAACAUCGUUCUGGAAGUGGAAGGACGAACAACCUCACAUACA